AUGGGCUUGAAGAACAGCCUUGAAAAACGGCUGGAUUCCCAGCGGAAAUUUGCAGGUCUCUCGGAUGUGUCAAUAUCUGAAGAUAUUCCAGUGGAAGGGGAAAUUACUGUUCCUGUUGGAUCUCACUCUCCUGAUGAAGACUACUCCACACUGGAUGAACCUGUUAGAGAUACUAUUAUGAGAGAUCUAAAGGCGGUCGGGAAGAAAUUUGUGCAUGUCAUGUAUCCGAAAAAGAGCAGUGCGCUCCUCAGAGACUGGGAUCUUUGGGGCCCCUUGGUGCUUUGUGUCUCGCUUGCGCUGAUGCUUCAGGGUGGAUCAGCAGAUAGCAAAGAAGAUGGAGGGCCCCAAUUUGCUGAGGUCUUUGUCAUCAUCUGGUUUGGUGCAGUUGUUAUCACACUAAACUCAAAGCUACUUGGAGGAACUAUAUCUUUUUUUCAGAGCCUGUGCGUUCUGGGUUACUGUGUCAUGCCCCUGACAGUAGCGAUGCUGGUGUGUAGGCUGGUACUGCUAGCAGGUUCUGGGACUGUCAGCUUCAUUGUACGUCUUAUUGUAGUAAUAGCUAUGUUUGGCUGGUCAACAUUAGCAUCUACGGCUUUCCUGGCAGACAGUCAGCCUCCAAACCGCAAAGCUCUUGUUGUUUACCCCAUCUUCCUCUUCUACUUUGUUAUUAGCUGGAUGAUCCUCACCUUUACACCUCAGUGACACCAGAUCAAAAGAGACUCUGUAAUACAGACUGAAGGUUUUCAUGAAAGCUGCAGUUAAUCAUGGCUUUAUCUCUUUCUAAUUUAUAUAUAUGUAUAGGUAGAUACUGUAAAAAGACAGGUUAUGGGAUAAAGCCUGAGAACUGCAAAACUGGUCAUUUCUUUGUCCCCUUUCUUGAAAGAUACAGAAAUCCAGCUACUGACUUUUUGUUUAGCCCUGUUCUUUAGUUAAGUUUUAAAUAAAAAAUACCCACUGUGACAGGGACUGUUCUGCCAGAAGAAUAGAAGGGGUAUACCUUGGAACUUCUUGAAGUUUGAUAGAUGAAGAUGAAGUUAUAGGAUCACAUGACUUAGCAGAAUUCUUGCUUAUGCUUGGAUUCUCACUGACGAUGAAUAUGCCUUAUGAAGUAAUAGAACUUAAUUGCUAUUAUGUGUUGGGUAGACAAGAUGUGUUUGACUCCUGUUCUUUUUUUCUUCAUUCAUGUACAGAAUGGUGGGAUAUAGUAAGUGCAUUAUAGGACCAUAAGCUUUCACUUUGAAUUUUAGUUAAAAAAAAAAAAAAAUGUUGGGUCCAUUUUGCACUGAACUGGAGCUGGGCAGAAGGGAACUGCCUUCGCUUAUAUUAAUGUAUUGUAUAUUUAUGUUUCAGCCACUUCACAUGUCAAGAAAGAGGGUUUUAACCAAAUGCCUUGAAUGCUGUAGUUACACUGACCGAUCCAUGUAUCGUGUGAGAAGGGAAUGUGUUUACGCUGGGUAGUUACAAAUUUUUUUCUUGUGACCCUAGAUUAAAGAGUCAAAGUCCUGGAGGAACACUCAGGACUGUUUUGCAACAGGGAUGUAAGCUAUCGUUCUGCAUAUCUACAACGGGAAAUUGAGCACCUGGAGAGUACAGAGUAAUGAAUAUGCACAAAGUUUCCUGUGAAGUGAGUUUAGGUUUUGAUACAUGAGAUGUUUGGAUGCUAACGUACUAAACAAGGACUUAAGUCCAGAAGUUUUAAAAAUGGGUUUGAGGACAGAAAUAAAUUGGUGAAGGUGGUGGCUGCUGUGAAGUAGGAUAUAAAUUCUAAUCUUAACUACUUAUAUGUGACUUUCAUUUGGUUGUUUACAUGGACAAUGUUUCAACAUAAAUCAUACAAGUUUGCAAAUUUUUCUUCUUGCUUCUAAAGAAAAAUAAGAAACUUUUCUAUAAACUUUUUGUCCAGUACUUUUUGUAAAAGGAGAGGAGGCUUUUUUCUGCGAUACUGAAGGUACACUUAGGUACCCUGCCUGGAAAACCAUAUACAGGUAUACAAGUGUGACAUUUAUGUUCAAACCUAGAAAUUGAGACCUGGAGGAUUGUUCUUUGAAAAUUGUAUAGAAAGUAUUUGUCACUUAUUAUUUUCAGUAAGCACUACAAGGGAAGAGCUUUGGAACAUAUGGGGGUGAAAAAGCUACUGUUAAAAUGUCACUUUUCCUGAAAAUGAGCAUGUUUCCUUUCUUGUAGUAAUGCAAAUAGACCUGAAAUUGAUUAUGUGGAUCCUGUUGAGAUGUAAAUAUACCUGAUUUAUAUUUAAAUGUGAAAGUGGAAUUUCUGCUGUAAACACUACAAAUACUUUAGUUGGGAUGGAUAUUCCUAAAUGUGUGAAUUUUAGAGUGCAUUUUUGCAUUUCUGGGAGUGAGGAGAAAAGGGAAAGGAAAAAUCAGUUGUUCUCUGCAGGGACCAUUGUUUGAUGCAGAACAGUUGUCAUCCGCGAGUAUGUGAAGCUGAAAGCUGUUUUUUCCGCUUUCCUUACGUCUUAGUAUGUGUCUGUUCCUCGUUGCUGCAAGAGGAGCUGUAGCCUUUCGUAUACUUAGAUAUAAAAUGGACGUGGAGAAUUUUUGAACUUACAUAAAUUAUUACUGAUACAGAAUGUGAAUUUUCUUCAAGUGUGCAAUUGUCUGUUCAUUUAAACAUUCAUUUAGCUUUAUGAAACUGAAAAGAAAUAGUCAAGGGAAGAAGAAGGAUGGUAAGACUAUUGACUGCUACAGUUGGAUUCUUUGAGUGGAAUUCUUCUUUCCUGCUACAGUGCAAGGAUUGAACCCUGCUUCUGUAGGCACCUUGGAAUUCCAUCUCUGUAGCAGGUAGCAUCUAGUUUGUCUCGUGACUUAAGCUGAUGUUAUGUCUGAAAGAUGUAAUUGGAGUAACACUUAAUUGAUCCAGCCUCAUUUUGAAAGAGGAAUUAACAAAAAUAAUCCAAGCUUUUUCCUUGCUUGUUUUUUGACUCCAAGCCUCAUGAUAGCUUUUUCUGAAACAUACUGCUCUUGGCUUAUUGGAAGAGGGAGGGGGAAAUUAUUUUUAUAUUUACAAGAUUUACUUUUAAACUUGCCAUUGAAGUUUUUAGUUGAGAGGUGUUUUUAAUGUGAAAGAGUAGGUAGAAAUAUACCGGUUGUAUCGUGAAGGGUUUUUUUUUUCUUUUUUUUUUCCCCCCCCACUCAAGGCAAUCCUUUGGUUUGGAAACCAUUCCUUUGUAAAGCAGUAAAAUCGUCAAAUAGAUUAAUAUUUCUAGAGACAUAACUUACUGUAAAGUUUUAGCUGGCAGGAUGCAAAUAGGGUAGUAGAUUUUUCUGAGACUUCAUGCCUCCAGAAGAAUAAAGUUAAGUGUCUUGUUUCGGU